CCAUCUCUCAACCUCAACCUCCAAAUACCCUCAUAGAAACCCCAUAUUCAUCAUGAGUGACGAAGUCUACGAGGGUGCGAUCGGUAUCGAUCUUGGCACCACCUACUCUUGCGUUGCCAACUAUGAGGGCACCAACGUUGAGAUCAUCGCCAACGAGCAGGGUAGCUUCACCACUCCCUCCUUCGUCUCUUUCACCGCCGAGGAGCGUCUCAUCGGUGAGGCCGCCAAGAACCAGGCUGCCAUGAACCCCAUCAACACCGUCUUCGAUGUCAAGCGUCUCAUUGGUCGUCGCUUCGACGACGAGACCGUCAAGAAGGACGUCGAGUCCUGGCCCUUCAAGGUUGUCGACCAGGGCGGCAACCCCUUCGUCCAGGUCGAGUACCUGAACGAGACCAAGACCUUCUCUCCCCAGGAGAUCUCCGCCAUGGUUCUUGGCAAGAUGAAGGAGGUUGCCGAGACCAAGCUCGGCAAGAAGGUUGAGAAGGCCGUCAUUACCGUCCCGGCCUACUUCAACGACAACCAGCGUCAGGCUACCAAGGACGCCGGUUCCAUUGCUGGCCUCAACGUCCUCCGUAUCAUCAACGAGCCCACCGCUGCCGCUAUCGCCUACGGUCUCGGCUCCGGCAAGUCCGAGAAGGAGAGGAACGUCCUGAUCUACGACCUUGGUGGUGGAACUUUCGAUGUUUCCCUUCUUCACAUUCAGGGUGGUGUCUUCACCGUCAAGGCCACCGCUGGUGACACUCACCUUGGUGGUCAGGACUUCGACACCAACCUUCUUGACCACUUCAAGAAGGAGUUCCAGCGCAAGACCAAGAAGGACCUGUCCGGUGACGCUCGUGCCCUCCGUCGUCUGCGCACUGCUUGCGAGCGUGCCAAGCGUACCCUCUCCAACGGUACCCAGACCACCGUCGAGAUCGACUCUCUGUUCGACGGCGAGGACCUGAACUCCAGCAUCACCCGUGCUCGUUUCGAGGAGCUCAACGGCAAGGCCUUCACUGGCACCAUUGUCCCUGUUGAGCAGGUCCUCAAGGACGCCAACAUUGACAAGUCCAAGGUUGACGAGAUCGUCCUUGUUGGUGGUUCCACCCGUAUCCCCAAGAUCCAGAAGCUCCUGAGCGACUUCUUCAACGGCAAGAAGCUCGAGAAGAGCAUUAACCCCGAUGAGGCUGUUGCCUACGGUGCCGCCGUCCAGGCCGGUAUCCUGUCCGGCAAGGCCACCUCCGCCGACACCGCCGACCUCCUGCUUCUGGAUGUUGUUCCCCUCUCCCUGGGUGUCGCCAUGGAGGGCAACAUCUUCGCUCCCGUCGUUCCCCGUGGCCAGACCGUCCCCACCAUCAAGAAGAGGACCUUCACCACUGUUGCCGACAACCAGCAGACCGUCCAGUUCCCUGUCUUCCAGGGUGAGCGUGUCAACUGCGAGGACAACACCUCCCUGGGUGAAUUCACCCUUGCCCCUAUCCCUCCCAUGAAGGCUGGUGACGCCCAGCUUGAGGUCGUCUUCGAGGUCGACGUCAACGGUAUCCUCAAGGUCACUGCCACCGAGAAGUCUUCCGGCCGCACUGCCAACAUCACCAUCUCCAACUCUGUUGGUAAGCUCUCGUCCACCGAGAUUGAGAGCAUGAUCAACGACGCCGAGAAGUUCAAGAACCAGGACGAGGCUUUCUCCAAGAAGUUCGAGUCCAGGCAACAGCUCGAGGCCUACAUCUCCCGUGUCGAAGAGAUGAUCUCCGACCCCGGCACCAGCAUGAAGCUGAAGCGCGGCCAGAAGGAGAAGAUCGAGUCUGCCCUGUCCGACGCCAUGGCCCAGCUCGAGAUCGAGGACGCCGGCUCCGACGACCUCAAGAAGAAGGAGCUUGCCCUCAAGAGGACCGUCACCAAGGCCUUCUCCACCCGGUAAACGGAUCGCGAGCACUAGGCUCUUGCUUUUUGAAAAUGCGACGGCGAUUGGCCGUCUCGGGGUUUCAUGUGUUCCUUUUUUGACCAAACGGCUUUUUUUCUCAUUUAGACUUGGCGGGUGCAACGGGCUUCCAAAAAUAAAAGUGUUAUGAUGUCCUUCACUUUGUGUAUGGAAAGGCUUUAGCGGCCCCCAAACGGUCUCAUGGUCCACGGUCCACGGCCUAGUACUACCACACUUCCGAUGUUCAGGCUUUGCUUUUGUUUGUGUUUUCGUCUUGAGCGUGAUGCGUGAGCGAGCGUAUAUCUCCAUACUGUAGCGCUUGAUCUUGACUGCUGGCGGGGGAAUGGGAUGACGAUGCUGCUGCUGUUAUUGCUGCUGGCUGGCUGAUCGGUCUGCUGUUUUCGACAAGUACAGUAACAAGAAAAAGAAAAAGAAGCUCCUGCGCGCCUGUUUGUCGCCUGAAUACCUACCUACCUGUUCUACCAACCGC